UGCUGACAGACAUCAACACCACAAAUAUACUCGACAGCUGUAUGUUCUUAGGGUUUUUUUGUUUUGUUUUGUUUUGUUUUAAAUAUCUCAUUUUCAAUCUCUCCCACUACCUGGGAUAAAAUGGAAUAAAGGAUUGAUUACAGUGAGGGUAAUUUUUUUGCUGAGCUGCUCGGAUCAAUAAAAUUGAGAAUGAAGUUUGGACAGAAGAUUUGAAACUCAACACAGAGGCAGUUUGAGGAAAUGGCUGGAAGGGACCAUUUUUCGGAAAAAGAAUUUUUAUGUCCUGUUUGUCAUGACUUUUACAGAAAUCCUGUUCUACUCUCAUGUAGCCAUAGCUUGUGCAAAACUUGUAUGCAAGGGUGCUGCGAAGCCAAAGGAUUUCUAGAAUGUCCAGUCUGUAAGAGAAAAUCCUCUAGCCUGAAUCCUCCUCUGAACCUGGCGUUAAAGAACCUGUGCGAAUCGUUCUUGGAGUCCCGUCAUUACAGACCUCCAGAGGCAUCUGAUGGCCUCUGCAAGCUGCACACCGAGAAACUCAAGCUCUUCUGUCUGGAGGAUCAGCAGCCUGUGUGUGUGGUGUGUCAGACCUCAAAGAAACACAAAAAUCACGAGUUCUGCCCUAUAGAUGAAAUUUUGAAUGACGUUAAGGAACAACUCAGGACUGCUUUGGAGCCGCUACAAAAAAGUCAGACCCUCUGGAAAAUUGCUAAAGAAAAUUACAACAGAGCAGCUUCACACAUUAAGAGUCAGGCCCAGUGCACAGAAAGACAGAUGAAGAAGGAGUUUGAGAAGCUUCAUCAGUUUCUAAGAGAUGAAGAAGCAGCAAGGAUAGAUGCACUGAAGCAGGAAGAGGAGCAAAAGAGUCAGAUGAUAAAGAGGAAGCUCGAAGAGAUGAAUCACGAAAUAGCCCGUCUUCAAGACAUAAUCAGAACAACAGAGAAGGACAUGGGCAUUGAGGAUGUAGCAUUCUUAAAGGAGGUCGAGAUCAGAGUGAAACAAGCUCAGUGCACAAUAAAGCAUCCACGGAUGGAGAUGAAUAUGCUGAUCAAUGUUUCUAAACACAUUUCUCACCUGAAGUUCAGAGUCUGGGAGAGUAUGCAGCAGGUCUUCGAGUACACUUCUGUUACUCUGGACCCCAACACUGCACAUUCACAGCUCUGUGUGUCCGAUGAUCUCACAACAGUGGAACACAGAAAAGAGGAAUUACUGCUUCCUGAUAAUCCGGAGAGAUUCGAUGGUGUUACAUGCGUCCUGGGCUGUGAGGGCUUUAACUCAGGGUCGCACUGCUGGGACGUCGAGGUUGGGGACAGUAAUAUCUGGGAACUGGGUGUAAUUAGAGAGUCUGCUCCAAGAAAGAAGAAUUCCUUCUGUAAUGCGGUGUGCAGCAUGAGCUACAAUAAUGGAAGUUACCACCUGCUCUGCCCGGAACAGGCAGGUCACAUUUUUAAAGCUAAAACCAAACCACAGAGGGUCAGAGUGCAUCUGGACUGGGACAAGAGGAAAGUGACAUUUACUGAUCUUCUAACCAAUACAUGCUUGCACACUAUAACACAUACCUUCACUGAGAGAGUGUUUCCAUUUUUCUAUAAUCGUUCCCCAUCUCGGCCUCUGAAGAUCUUACCAAUCAACCAUAUAGUAACAGUAAAAACACCUUUAAACACCACAGAACGGAAACAUCAUCACAAUCUCUGAAACUCCAAACAAUUUAAAGUAAUCUUUAAAUCAUCAAAGUUGUUCUAACUAAAUAUGACAAAGUGGAGAAGAACGAGAGCAUUUCUUCACUAGAGCUGGUGACGGAGAACCUGGAUAAUCUUCAGAUCCUCAGUUUAAACUUUCUCGAUUGCUAUGAAACUUUGAUUUGGCUUUGAAUUUCCUUUAUAUAUAGAUCCACUUUUAUUCAUAAAGAUGUUAUAUUUCAUCUUGUAAUGAUGUCAAGAUUUAAAAACAGUAAUAAUGAAGGGAUAAAUGAAUCAGUACAGUCAUUUAAGGUUAAAUGAGCGUGUAUCACGGUGGGAUUUAGUCAUGAUUUUUAUACUGUAUGUAUCUCUGAAAUAUGACUCAGUUAAUGUUUCAGAUUUGUUUAAUCAUCCCUUUACUAGUUUUAGUUCCUACUGUAGCCUGAUGAUCUCUUCAUAUAUCAUUAAUAAAGGUUAAAAGAGAAAUUGUAAUUAUUAUUCCUUAUCUUUCUGUGUAAAAUGUUAAAGACAACGUACAAUGAUCGAACAAUGUGCAGGCAUGUCAAGUGAUCUCACUGCACAUCCUAUAAUACAAUCAUUUUUAUUCUAAUAUUCAAAAUAAAUAAAUAAAUAAAUAAAUAAAUAAAUAAAUAAAUAAAUACAAUUGAAACAUGUUUGUCUAAUCUAUGAAAAGUCUACACUUG